GGCCGGGCCCGCCCAGGCGGGGCGGGUCCUACGGCGGCCGGGAGGGCCCCGGGCUGGCGGGCGCGGCGGCGGGAUGGAGUCGGUGGUUUUCAUCUUCUCGCUGAUCGACUGCUGCGCCCUCAUCUUCCUCUCCGUCUACUUCAUAAUCACACUAUCAGAUUUGGAAUGUGACUACAUCAACGCUCGAUCGUGCUGCUCCAAGCUCAAUAAAUGGGUGGUCCCUGAGGUGAUUGGCCAUGCUGUUGUAACAGUAUUAAUGCUUAUUUCAUUGCACUGGUUCAUCUUUCUCCUUAAUUUGCCAGUAGCAACAUGGAAUAUAUAUAGGUACAUUAUGGUGCCAAGUGGAAACAUGGGAGUAUUUGAUCCCACAGAGAUCCAUAACCGAGGACAACUGAAAUCACACAUGAAAGAAGCCAUGAUUAAACUGGGCUUUCAUCUGCUCUGUUUCUUCAUGUACCUUUACAGUAUGAUUCUGGCUUUGAUAAAUGAUUGAGAAGUUGAAAAAGAACCAUUAGCUGCCAAAUUGGGUCAUCACUCCAGUGACUGGUUGUGGAGCCUCAGACACCUUCCGAACACACCUAGAUCAGUGUCGUCAUGCAGAAUAUUUUUCCUCUUUGAACAAGAAAUAUUUUUCUGUAUUUUUAACAUAAAAUAUUUUCAAAAGACAUUGGAUUUGUGUAGCAGUUGUUUUUGUUCCUUUACAACCCAAACUGCUGGAGUUGCUGUUUCAGUAAGAUGCAAUCCUUGCUUACAGAACUGACCUUGUAGGAAUUAAAUGGUGAGAAGGGAAACUCAUUUCAGCAGCAUGGGCUGGUAUUGAUAGGAGUUCCAGAACAAAUUUAAAUGCAGCUCUGGUGUCUACUUUACUGAAAGGUGUCAGGAUGUGCCUCUGGCUGUCAAGCUGUCCUACUCGAGCCCAGUUUGAAGCAGUGCCUGAACACAGAUUUCAAAGUGGAACAGUAGCACAGCUUGCAUCUUUGUGUCAAUGUUUUUUCCAGGUAGAAAAUAAUGGAAUAAAAGUUAUGCUUUUCUCCCUUUUCACCCCUCCCUCCAACCACCUUUGUGAAUUCUUGUGUUUGGAUGGAUUAAGAUCCCUUUGGUGGAAGUGGCACUUGUGUGUAAGAGUGAAAAACAUAAAUAAGAAACAUGAUUAAUACUCACUUUUUCCUUUCAACUCCUAUCUUGUUAUUGAAGUACAUCACAGACCUUCACGUACAGUAAAUAUCAUCUUGCUGGUUGGAGCUGGUUACAGAGCAAAAGACUCUUUGCAGUUGCUACUCCCUGAACCUGCGGUUUCCACAUCCAGUGAGGUGAACCAAGAGUAUGUCUAGCUCAGGGAAAUGGUCUGGUAAACCAUAACACCAUUUAUCCCAAUUCUGAUAUGACUCUGCUUCGAUGAUACCAGCAAACUCAGUUUUUUUUGUGCAGCUCUUGCCUCAGUGAUAAGUGUAUAAAUCUGAGUUUGUACCCUCACUGUCCAAUGACUGUCUUUAAAUUUUUUUAUAUGUGCUUGGAAAUAAGUCUCUUGAAACAAACACAUCAGUUAAAACACUUUAAAA